AUGGGGAGCAAGCCGCAGCCGGCGACUCGCAGGGUCUCUUUGUGCUCAUCGAGUGCCACUCUGACCAUCUGCACUGGCGCACCACAUCAGAAUCUCCUCGCGGAAACACGCAACCGCCUGCGUCAGAAUGGAUCACGCAUUGCUGCCCCAAUCGCUCGCGCCCAUCAUGGACGCCACCUCCAUUCUGCCCACCUGCAAUCCAAUACCGAACUCAUCGCUAUACUACUAGGCGCCGUCCUUGCCUCUCGAGUCAUCCUUUCAUCCCUUCCCAUCCCUUCCCAUUGCCUUCCACACCCCCCCACCAUGUCCACCCCGGCCUCGGGCAUGCACGCCGCCACCUCCCUGCGCUUGGCCCUGCGCGCACCCUCAUCCGACCGCGCCAUAGCGGACUGGCUCUUCUCGCCCUCCCGUUCUUCCCCCACGCUCUCUCCGCCUGAGCUGCGCUCCUCGCUGGCCCUGAAAGUCGCCCACACCAUUCAGCUGUCCAACACCGCCUUCCCUGCAUCCGCCGCCGCGAUUCACUCCUGCGACAAGCUCUUCGUCCCGGUUUCCUCGCGCGGUGCCUACAUUCUGGGCUUCACCACGGAGGGCACCCAGGGUGCCGCCGAUGACCCGCGCCUCCCGAUCCCCGCUGCGUUCAAGAGGCCCUCUGUCGCUCGCUUUGUCUUCGACACUGUGGCAGAGGAACUGCUGCUCGUGUGCUCUCCGCCAGGCAUUCCGCUCAUGGGCAUCAUCGCUAUUCGCAAACUCUCCAACCAAGCACAAGCCUGCUUCCGCUUCACCGUUCCCGCACACGACUACUCGUUCGAUGCCCUUCCAAGCCUCGUCCUUUCGCUGUAUAGCAAUAUCGAAUCUGCUGUCGAGCACCGCCCUCCUCGAAACCCUCAACACUCACGCGAUCCCGCGUGUGUUCCGGUGCCUGAGUCCUUCCUAGGGGACAUACCCAGCAUUGCGGAAGACUCCUUCGCCUACCCCGAUGCGUCCAUUCCGCAUCUCGACCCGACCCCCGCUUUAUCCAUGGACGCUGUCGACUCUUUCUUGGACAGUCUGCGCGCAGCCCGUGUCAACGGCGAAUCGCACGCACGCAGUCCGCACAGCUACGUGCAUCUCCCACCGCUUUCGGUUAAGCUCGUCUCCGACAUGCCGCGGCUCGAUUCCUCUGCGGAAUCGACCACACCCGAACCGCACCAAGCCUUCUCGCCACUAUCCGUGUCCCAUUCGUCCGCGGCACCGUUUGCGCAAUCACGGUUUGCCGGGCCGCUUGCUGCUUUGCUCAUCUCGAGGGCUGGCGCAUUUCGAGGUCCCUUCCUUCGCAUUGACACGCUGCAACCCGUCACUGCCACGUACGAAACCAACUUUACGGGGGCUAUUGACGCCUGCGUCACGCAGCUGCGGGGCCAGCCAGUCAGCGACAUUGAGCGCACGUUUGCUGAUAUGUACUACUUGGAGGUGCUUUCGGUCGCCCCGGAUCAGCACUUCAUCCAUAUUGACGGGUUGGAUUCCACUACAUUUGCGCCACCGCAUGCCGCGAUGCGUAGGGAAAACGAAGAUCUGCAUGGAGAUGAUGAAAACCAAUUUGGUGUCAUCCACGAGGCUGGAAGGAAAACCACGUACACAACCAUAUUACCAACAGACCCAACACGGAAGCCGUUGGCCGUUACAGGCGUACUUGGUUCUGUCGGGUCCAGCACAUUCCCACGAAUUGCUCCGGCCCAACUGGCACCGAGAUUCCCACCCCCGGCGACACACCCUGACAAAAUGCCUGUUGCGACUGUUGUGUCUAAAGAGCUGCAGCAAAAACGAACGUUACAAGCGCGAAAACACCGCAACCGACUGAGCGCGGCGCGAUGCAACUUGCGCCGCCGAGAGUGGCUGGAAGAGGUGCCGCGUGAAAUUGAACGCAACCGAAAAAGAGCCGAAGAGCUUCUGAGUCGCAAAAGGGAAGUGAAACGUGAGAACGAUAGACUGAAGAGCUUGGUUGCCAAAACUAUGGUGUAG